UGGAGUGAAGAACCAUAGAAUAUUCCUAUAAAUGGCUUAAUUGGCCAACGUAUAGUAUUGGCUUCCAUUGGUAGUGUUAAAGUUUUAUAGGGAUUUGUUCAAUUUUCAGUGAAUACAUGAAAACAUGGCUGCUUGUGCCUUUAAGGCGAAGAUCAAGGCCCGAGACUUGCGCGGUAAGAAGAAGGAAGAGCUGCUGAAGCAGCUGGAUGACCUCAAAGUGGAACUGUCACAGCUCAGAGUCGCUAAAGUGACUGGAGGUGCUGCUUCAAAGCUGUCAAAGAUUCGAGUUGUGCGCAAAUCCAUUGCCAGAGUUCUGACUGUGAUCAACCAGACACAGAAGGAAAACCUGAGGAAAUUUUACAAAGGUAAGAAGUACAAGCCUUUGGAUCUGAGACCAAAAAAGACCAGGGCCCUUAGGCGCCGGCUAAACAAACAUGAAGAGGGUCUGAGGACAAAGAAACAGCAAAGGAAGGAUCGUCUCUACUCUGUACGCAAAUUUGCUGUCAAGGCUUAAUUGUCAUGUUCUAAAUAAAGUUUGGUUUGGCUAAAGAA